CUCUCUGUAUGUGUGUCUGUACGCGUUUAUGAGUGUUUAUGUUUAUGUUGUGUUGUUGCGCGUCGGAGGAUCCCGGGACCCAAACAGCUGAUUCAGACAGGCGUCCAUCCCGGUAACAGCCUCUGGAAAUGCUUCGGAUACUUGUCUCUGAGUCUGGCGAGUGAGGGGUUUUUCCUCCCGGGUUCAGCUUGAUCUCCACCAUGGCAGGGGACCUCUACAGCCCCCCAUCCCCACUGGGGGACUCCCUUCUGGACAGUCCCCUGUGCGGAGACCUGAUGGACGACCUUUGUGACAUCUCCCAGUCUAUAGGAGAAGACACACUCAGAUUUGAUUUCCCAGAGUACCAGAGCACCUGCUCAGGGUCGGAGAGCUCCAUUUCACUGGACACCUUGACCCCAGCCUCCAGUCCGUUGUCGGGGGUGUGUGGCACUGCAGCAGGCCCCGAGGAGAGCCUUCAUCUGGAGUGCCGGGUGUGUUCGGACAAGGCUUCAGGCUUCCACUACGGGGUGCACGCGUGCGAGGGCUGCAAGGGUUUCUUCAGGAGGACCAUCAGGUUGAAGCUGGAGUACGAUAAGUGUGAACGCAACUGCAAAAUCCAAAAGAAGAAUCGCAACAAGUGCCAGUACUGCCGAUUCCACAAGUGCCUCUCUGUGGGCAUGUCCCACAAUGCCAUCCGGUUUGGUCGGAUGCCCCAGGCGGAGAAGCUGAAGCUCAAGGCUGAAAGCAAGAUGGUGGAGAAAGAAGUGGAAAGCCCCAUGCUGGCCAGCCACAAGACUCUGGUCAAGCAGAUCCACGAGGCUUACAUGAAGAACUUCAGCAUGAACAAGGCGAAAUCAAGGCUCAUACUCACUGGAAAAACCAGCAAGCCGCAGCCUUUGAUCAUCCAUGACAUGGAGACCUUCCAGUUAGCGGAGAGGACGCUGGCAGUCCAUAUGGUAAACAGUGACUCUCCGGAGCACGAGAGCGGCCUUCAAGCUGGGGAUGUGGUUCCAGGUGUGGGGUGUGGGGAGCUCCAGCAGAUGGAGGCCGAAGCGAGGCUCUUCCACUGCUGCCAGAGCACCUCGGUGGAGACGGUCACGGAGCUGACGGAGUUUGCUAAGGCGGUGCCGGGUUUCCAGAGCCUGGAUCUGAAUGAUCAGGUGACUCUGUUAAAGUACGGUGUUUACGAAGCCCUCUUCACCCUCCUGGCCUCCUGCAUGAACAAAGAUGGCCUCCUCGUGGCCCGUGGUGGAGGCUUCAUCACCCGUGAAUUCCUCAAAAGCCUCCGGCGUCCAUUUAGUGACAUGAUGGAGCCAAAGUUCCAGUUUGCCACACGCUUCAACUCUCUGGAGCUGGAUGACAGUGACCUGGCUCUUUUUGUGGCUGCCAUUAUCUGCUGUGGAGACCGUCCAGGCCUGGUGGAUGUACCGCUAGUGGAGCAGCUGCAGGAAGGCAUCGUUCAGGCACUACGGCUCCACCUGCUGGCCAACCACCCUGACGACACCUUCCUCUUUCCCAGACUUCUGCAGAAACUGGCCGACCUCCGGGAGCUCGUCACCGAGCAUGCUCAGUUGGUGCAGGAAAUCAAGACAACAGAGGACACGUCGCUGCACCCUCUCCUGCAAGAGAUAUAUAGGGACAUGUACUGAGACGCUAUCACAUGGUCAUGAGCAGGGACAUGUAUUAAAAUGUUAAUGUUAGCCAGGUAUACCCAAAACUGGGUAUACAUACAGUAUACAACAUUAACUGAUACUAUCAUGCAUAUCAUUGUACUGUAAGUAGCUUAUUGUGCACUGCUGUGACCAUGUGACUCUAAAUCAUUCUACUGGAACAAUACAGAAGUGAAAUUCUUUUUAAGGGGAAUGGCAGCUGUGGCAGGGGACCUGACUGCUGCUAUGAAAGGGGACACAGUGGGGAACAAACUUUUUGAACUCGCACCAUAGAUGGCUAGAGAUGUGUUCCUUUUAAAUGCAUCGAUUUGAACUAAAAGCACCACUUUGCCAUUGAUUGGGUCCUGGAUGCCAGCUUUUACCCUCCGGACACAAGUGCAGGAGAAAAGCUACUUAGGGAGUAGGCUAUGAAAAUAUGCAUGGGUGAACACAUAUUAAAGAUACCCCGACAUGACUGCCAAAGUCAUGCCUGCACUGAUGCUAAAUGCUAAUUGUGCCUGUGAACAAUAAAGUGAAUGUUUUUAACAUUUUAAAUCUUUGAUACAACUGCAGUGUUGGCUGUGCAAAAGGAGCUUAAAAGUCAUAUUCCUAAUAUAUUUGGAUAUUUAGUAUGAUGUGUUAAUUCAAAGAUCGUUUGAAUGAGGUUAAUAUCACUGUCAUGUUAUUUUGUUGUGUACUAGUGCCUUAAAUUUCCUUGGACCAUCUUGAGAUUAGUGGUUGAAGAAAGGCCUUUAUCAGUUUUCACCAAGUGUUGUAAUGUUUCACCAGCUGACCUCAUAUUUCCUUUAUUCUGACCACACCUUAAACAUUCAACACAUAACAAAUACAGAACAGAAUACUUUUAUAAGCCAUGAUUUAGAUAUAUCACUAUUUAAUGUUGGACCAGGGAAUGUUUUCACAUAGUAUUAAAUCAACCAUCAUUUGAAAAUAUUGUAAUUUCAUGGGUUAUGUAUUUAUCUCCUACUGCUAAAACCAGGACAACAUGAUAGUUCUCACUCAUAGAUCAGUGUUACCUGUAAAAAAUGUUUUGUAGAAAUUCUUAAGGGCAUUUUUGUUUUUUCAAGAAAAAGCGGUGUUGGCCAGUAUUGAAUAUUUUGACCACAAACAUAAUAAUCUGUUAAGCUGGUUUGUGUUUUAUUUUGUAAAUAUGACAAGAAUGUGGUGACCACAGUGAAAUGGACGGAUCUGCAGACAGUAACGCAGUACUCAAAAAGAUCGUAUUGCCUUGUUUCCUAGAUUUCAACCCUCCCUGUGUCGUACAGAAACAUUGUUUCUUGUCAUAAUGAAACUGUUUAUAUAUUUUGAUUGUGUACAGUACAGUGUACAAUAAGAAAAUGCAUUUGCUGUUUUAAUAAAUUUAGUUAUUUGGUAGCCCAGAAUAAACUA